UCGCUUCCGGAUCCGCAAAGCUGCUGCUGCAGGUCCCAGUUACGGCCUAAAACUCUUCUCUGCUUUCUCCUCCCACCUCCCACACCUCCCCCAAACGAAAAACGCGUGCAGAGCUAGAACGCAGAUACGGGACGGUGGCAGUGUUGCCCAGGUGUGCGGGAUUAUAGCAAAACAGCGGGCAAGACCCGUGCCCGUGUGCACGGUCCGUGUAAUCAGCAUUUGUGGGACGAGGGCCAGUCAGUAUCCCCACCUUCGGCCAGCGAAACUGUUACUGUUAAAGGAUACCACGAAAAAGAAGUAAGAAGCCAAAUCGUGCGCACAUAAGUGGCCGUGUGUGUAUGUGUGUGUGUGUGUGAGAAAAAAAGGAAAUCAGCGAAACAGAGUGCAACAGUGAUGGUGAACAAUUUAUGAGCGAGUUCCACCCCCUGCCAACCCCCAAAUUAUGAGCGUGUUGGAAAAUUGGGAAAACUAGCUUGCAGGAAAAAAAAUUGGCAUGGUGGAAAACAGUUGUAACGGAACGGGACGCGCCAAGCUGGGAUAAUUAAAAAAAAAACAAAUGCGCCCACAGCUAAACAAAAACAGGGAAGUGAAAAUUGUAGCGCAAGUGUACUAGAAAGUGUAGCACAUUGUAAGCAAUGAAAGAGAAAACAAAAGCGUUGUGUGCAGUGUAUUGGAGGUGUGAGCAAAGUGCCCGAUAGAAAUAGAAACACUUCAUAACGGAAGACACAAGAACACACGGUACGAAAGUGUGCUAGCAAAACGGUCAAAAUAGUGAAAGGUCGCAGUGUUUUGAAUUGAGGAAAUUCGGACCACUCCACACGAAGUGUCCAGUGUCUCCUUCAGCAGACGAGGAGAACCGCCGCGCAGUACAGUUUGCAGCAAACUCGGAUGUUCUCCUUCGCCACGGCAGUGCAACAGUUCGGCUGGUGAAGUACCGUAGCUUACAGCCCAGCGUUGCGUUCCCCCACCGCCCAGCCGCCAGACUCGGACAAAACUCGGCAACUCGCGGCACCAAGCAGCUCCCGGAGGUUGAAACUAGCGAACCACCGUGAGUGCGUGAGCCGGUUUGGAUACAGUCCGUGUCAGUUCCGAGUUCCGUGUUGGUGGUGGUGGUGGAGGUUGCGGAAUACUGCCCGGUAUUGUCCACUGCUGGAAAACUGGUCAGCACGGAUUUCAACACCGCGAAUAUUCCAUCUCGUCCGUAACGAAUGCGGUACCAGAGCGGUCACAAUAAAUUGGCACCACCGAGUGGGAGGAAUUUUUGAAAAGCUUCGGGCUCGGUACGAUCGAAACCUUCGCUGCGCUCGUAUCCCGCAUGGGCGGGUGUACGCAAGCACAUUGAUGAUGGUGCCAUUGCGAUCUGACUCACGGUGCGCUCCUGGUUUCGAGCUCGAUCUGACAACAGUGAAGCCAUAAAAACCAGAAGUGUACACCCAAAAAAAAAUACGAGUACGGCACGAGGAAGGAACCGAACGGAAGGAAGGUCCAGCACCAGUUACAGAUCGUACAUCGCUCUUGGCAAAGGGUGAAAAAAAAAAAGAAAAACGAUUUUAUACGCCGAUUCGAUCAACUCAAACGUUUUCGAGGCGAAACCCCGAAACAGGAACCAACCACAACGCAGCCACCGAGAGUGUAACCACAAGGCACAAGCAACAGCAAAGCAACAAACCUCCACCCCCAGAAAAACGCCAACUAGCAACCUUCCCCCACAACAACAACAACAACAACAAGCCAAAGUCUGCAAGUCCCGUGUCACACCAGUGUGUCAUCAACCAACCAGCUGUUGAGGGGGGCAGGCAUCAACCUUCGUCACACACCGCCCGGUUCCGCACCACGCGUCUGACCGUGUCGAUCGUCCUGUCGGUGUCCUGUCGUCCAUCGUUGCCUGCGUCCCACACUACCCCGCUCCACUUUCUCCAUCCAUCCGCGGGACCCCCGCUAGACGUGUGCGUUCGUGCGAUACGGUUCGUCAUCGGCGUGUCGUCAGCAUCGCGCCAUCAUCACCAUAUCGCAACCAUUAGAGCUACGAGGAAACAAAAUGGCGGGUGGUGAGCAUACAUUCGGUAGGAAGACAUUUCACAAGCCAACCUAUUGCCAUCACUGUUCGGAUCUGCUGUGGGGGCUCAUCGGACAAGGAUACAUCUGUGAAGUGUGCAACUUUAUAGUACACGAAAAGUGCGUUACCAACAUCGUGACACCGUGCACGGGCAUCGCACCGUACCUUAUCCGGAACCCGGUCGCACACUGUUGGUCCGAACCGUCGCACCAUAAGCGCAAGUUUUGUUCGGUUUGUCGUAAGCGAUUAGAUGAAACUCCCGCCGUUCAUUGCUUGAUAUGUGAGUACUUUGCACAUGUCGAGUGCCAGGAUUUUGCCAUCCCCGACUGUAAGGAGAAUGCAACCUACGUCCCGGGCAAGGAAUUGGGCCACGUCAAACAUCAGCAUCACUGGCGUGAAGGCAACCUGCCACAAUCGUCCAAGUGUGCGUACUGCAAGAAGACAUGCUGGUCUUACGAAUGCCUUACAGGUUAUCGUUGCGAAUGGUGUGGCACCACCACCCAUGGCGGGUGCAGAAACAACAUCCCGGCCGAAUGUACGUUCGGCACGCUGCAACCCAUCUAUCUGCCACCGCACGCAGUUUCCAUACCCCGGACGGAAGUGCCGAUGGAGGCGAUCAUCGGUGUGCAGAACCGCAACAAAGGAACACCGGGAAUACAGCGCGACUAUUCCUGUCCGGAACUGUGGACAAUCGGGCUGUAUCAGGACGAUGAGCAGCAUCACCAGCAGCACCAACAGCAGCAAGAGUGCUGCAGCGAAAGCACGGAACUACUGCUGCGCAGUGUGCUACAGGAAGAGCAAAAGUGUCGGGCUGUGCCACUGUCACCGGUGAGCUUCACCUUCUACGAUGACGAUGACAGCGCUUCCAGCACGGUCGGAUCGAUGGCGGUGGAUAGGGGUGAGCAGCAGCAGCAGCGGAAGCCCGAGGAGCCACCGCCACAGCAGUACCACAGCGAUAACAGUUUGCUGCUGCGAACGGAGGACGACUGGCCAAUGCGGCCGACCCGGAGCCGCAAUCUCAUCCAUCCCGCGCUCAGGCGCUCGAAAGCCACCAAUGCUGGCCCACCGACCGAUACGCUGGUGAUGCGCAGCCGCUCCUUCCAGGAUCAAACCAACAGCAUUCCAAAACGCUUUGUCAAAUCGGCCGCAUACUACAGUCCCCGGUUUUUGGCCCGAUUUCGCAAGAAGCACCAGGCGCCUCCAUCGAUAAAGCGACGAUCGCCAUCGCCGCUGGAGGCACGGCAGGAGGAGCCACCGAACGGGAGCGAGCUGUCGAAGCUGCUGCUUGCCCGUGGUGCGCUAGAGCCAACCACAAUCGCCCCGAUUCGGGCCGCGCUCGCCCCGGUGCUAGUGCACACACCGUCCGGCUCACUGACGUCAUCGUCCGUGUGCGCUUCGGGACCGAUUCGGGUGGCCGUUUGUGGGCAGAAUGGGACCGAUGCCGUGUACGGCAUGGGCGCACCGGUGGAACGUUCUUCCUCGUUCGACUGCACGACCGUGCCAGCCGCGGCAGCAGCUGUGUGCAAUUUCGGUCACCAUCUCACGGUGGCGUCAGCGAACGAACUGCUUACCUGCGUGGAACCGAGACGGGUUGUGUCGUACGAUGACGUCAGUGGGUUCAGCUUCAUCGACGACGAUGAUGGUGCCGAACCGAACGGUACCGCUGGCGUCGGUGCAUUCUUGCGGGUGGCCCCCGGUAGUGAAACUACCAACGUAACACCGACCGCAAGAAGCGAUAUCGAUACGGAACGCUUACGGAGCGUAUUGUCGGCUGGUGCGGUACCAGCUCACGGUACCGUUUCUCACCCACCGACGCAACAUCUUCUCGGCCGCAUUUAUCGCCAGAUGCGCAAGUGUUCGAUGGGUUGGAGCAAAACGGGAUGUCGUGUACGCAGAGCUCGCAGCAUCUCCGAGGAGAUAACGGCGGAGAACCGCUAUCGCGACGAUGAGUACGUACCAAGAGGCGAGAGCAGCGGCUCCGGUACUCACUCGAAGCCAGAUUCUGCGCAUAAGCCCGAUAAAGAUAAGGAUAAGAAAGAUAAGGACAAGGAGGAGCGCGAUGAAGAAACAAUCAAGGUAUUCGACGGAAACUGUUCAUAUCGAAGAAGAAUUUUCAGAGCCAUUAAUGUACCUAGAACAUGCUCGUUGGAACAACUGUUGACCACCGCCUUGAGGGCCUUCCACAUAGCCAGGGAUCCAAAUCUAUUUUUUCUCACUGAUGUCUAUGGCGACGAGGUCAGAUUGCAGGAUCCGAACCCAGUGCCAGGCCUACACCGUGUAGAGGGCAAAAGACCAGCUAUAUACUUAAGAUUUCGUGAUAAGGAGAACGAUCACGGCUUUGUGCGCGUCUAUCCGGGUAAGCUGCAAGUGGAGAACGCUUACGUUAUCAUACCGGUGGACAACGAUACCACCGUAAAGGAUCUGAUUUGCGAAUCACUCAAAAAGUUCGGCCUCCAGAGCCACCAGAUCGAGGACUACCGCUGUUCGGAGAUACUGCUCGAUCGGGGCGUUACCGAGCGGGUGCUGUCGUGGAACGAGCGACCGUGGGAGAUCAUGAAGCAGCUCGGGAAGGACUCGAUCCGGCAGAUGGAGCUGAUGCGGUUCUAUCUGCAGCUCAAGCAGGACCCGCACGGUCCGAACCUGGCACUGUUCGUUGGCAAUCUGCCGCCCGGGCUGUCCCAGCGCAACUACGAGCACAUACUGACGGAAUUUCUCGGCUUCGAGAACAAGUUCAGCAGCAUUGGUCCGAUCUACUACGAGUACGGUUCGCUGGUGAUAACCUACGAAAAUGCAUCCAAAGCUGUACGUGCAUUCCAGGCGCUACGGGAGUCCAAGUAUGAGGAGAAGCAUUUGCUCGUGCUGCUGUUGCCCAACAUCGAACCGAGCAUGGUGCCGGCCGGUGUCCAACCGCUGCUGGUGUUUGUCAAUGUCAAGUCCGGAGGAUGCCAGGGUCUAGAGCUUAUUAGUAGUUUUCGUAAAUUAUUAAAUCCAUAUCAAGUGUUUGAUUUGGAUAACGGUGGACCACUGCCUGGGCUAUACGUUUUCCGACACAUUCAGGAUUAUAAAAUUCUCGUGUGUGGUGGCGAUGGUACGAUCGGUUGGGUGUUGCAGUGCCUGGACAACGUUGGUCAAGAUUCGGAAUGCUCUAGCCCACCGUGUGCCAUCGUCCCCUUAGGCACUGGUAACGAUUUGGCACGCGUUCUACGCUGGGGCGCCGGUUACACCGGUGGCGAAGACCCACUGAAUCUGCUGCGGGACGUAAUAGAUGCGGAAGAAAUACGGCUAGACCGCUGGACGGUAGUCUUCCAUCCGGAGGACAAACCGGAAGAUGCCACACCGAAGGCGCAACCCAACUCAACCGGUAAGAAGAAGAAAAUUCAACAGCAACAGCAACAGCAACAACAACAACAACAGCAACAGCAGUUGCAACAACAGCAACAUCAGCAGAACCAACAACACCAUCACCCAUCGGUGGCAAUCGUGGCCAACCCGGCGCAAGUUGUUGGAGGCGCCCAAAGUGAGGAUAACUCGCAGAUAUUCGUCAUGAACAACUACUUCGGUAUCGGCAUCGAUGCCGACCUGUGCUUGGACUUCCAUAAUGCGCGCGAGGAAAAUCCGAACAAGUUCAACUCGCGGCUACACAACAAGGGCGUGUACGUGAAGAUGGGCCUGCGGAAAAUGGUAGGACGGAAGAUGGUAAAGGAGCUGCACAAGGAGCUGCGGCUUGAGGUGGACGGGAAGGUAGUGGAGCUACCACCGGUCGAGGGUAUUAUCAUACUGAAUAUCUUAAGCUGGGGUUCCGGAGCAAAUCCCUGGGGACCGGAAAAGGAGGAUCAGUUCAGUAAACCGAACCAUUGGGACGGUAUGCUGGAAGUCGUUGGCGUUACCGGUGUAGUGCAUUUGGGACAGAUCCAGUCCGGGCUGCGCUCGGCCAUGCGAAUAGCCCAGGGUGGUCACAUAAAGAUUCAUCUUCAUUCCGACAUACCGGUACAGGUCGAUGGAGAACCGUGGGUACAGAGCCCCGGUGAUGUGGUCGUACUAAAAUCGGCAUUAAAGGCAACAAUGUUGAAAAAAAUGAAAGGAAAAAUGAAACGACGCAACACCGAGCCGACGAUGCAGGUGAUGGGUCCGUCGGGGAUCCAGAUGACGCUGGCCGCACCCCAGGAACCCGACGAGGUCGACUCCAAUAAUACAGAUUUUUGAAUAUGGUAUAACGAGCGAUUAAUUUAACGUGCUUCGUCGUUUGCGGGUGUUUCGUGGGGGAAGGAGUACUAGCGUAUCGGAGUGGGGUCAGUAGGUGGAGAAUGGAAAGUGUGUUCUAGUUUGAAACAGAACAGGCAACUAUCGCCAACGUUUUGUCGUCCCACCAGUCAUCACUAGCAAACACCCAGCGUCUCACACAGAUAUUAGGUCUCGAAAACGACUGACAGCGUCGGUUUGUUGCGGCAGAACGACAUGUCUGGACCGCGCUGGACCACAACCAUUGCUGCAGUUACCUCGUUGCCAGCGAUCGAACCUAAACCGAUAUCCUAACACUUUAUUCUCCCUCCUUUCUCUCUCUCCUUCUCUCUGUCUAUUUUCUUCCUUCAUGGAAAAUCUCCUCCAAAAAUCUCCUGCAAAAACUCCUCUAUUUUGUACAGUGGGGCAAUAGUACAACUUAUGAAUUCUUUAAACACAAUAUUCUCGAUACGAUUGCUGAACAAGUGCUGCAGUGAUGGCGGUCACCAGAAAAUUUCCAGCCCAAGGGAAACCCCUCCAUCUCUCGUCACCAAUUCCUAUCCGAGUGUGUUUGUGUGUUUGUAUGUGUGGAUACGAUUGUGGUGGAGAUUCUGCAGGACGAUGGGUGAUGCACUUUGGCGAACUUGUGCAAACGAACCAAAACCUUCUCCCACAUACGCCCAGAACAAGGCUAGUUAAAGGCGAACACAUGCGAAGCACGCAUUGGGGGGAUGGGGAAGGGGGGGGGAAGAAAUGGACGUGCGAAAAAAACCGGAAAUCCCCUCGUGUGUAAAAUAUUAAUAACUCAACAACAAUCACUGCAAACCAAAAACCAAUAGCCUAUCGGAAGCGAAACACAAAACCCACACAAAGGACGAACACAUGUGUACAAUUUAGAUAACAAUAGGCGAUAGAAAGCGCAUCCGUUCCUCACCGCGCCCUCCCGCUGAUGUGUACCGGACCCGGGGUCGGGUUAGCGGGGGAUGGAAGGAAAAUGCGAAAAACAUCUGUACAAAAACGAAAACCACAUUGAAAACCACGAUAGCAAAACUCUAUGUAUCUUGUAUGUGUCUGUGCGUGUACGUGUAGUAGAUAAUUCACGUCAAAACUAGGAAAAGAAUUGUGUGUGUGGAGCGUAAGCGAAAAUGUUUCGAAAUGGCGAAAAGGAAAUAAGCGGAACAGCACAAAAGCAAAAGCAAAAACCAAACACACUCAUACACAAAGUUUCAGUAAACCCCUCACUACAAGGAAGAGUAAAGAAACAUCAAUAUUUACAACCUAAUUGACACCGAUUGU